CAACCAAAAGGCAUAGCAGAUACAGUGGAGAGGCCAUUGAAAAUGGCAAGGUCUACUUAUUCAAGUUGUCACAUUUGCCAUGGGAUGCUACUUCACAUUCUUUUAUUAUCAGUACAGUUUUCAGCUCAACAUGCAAACUGUGGCAACAUAGUGAAGUACCUUCCUGGGUUUGAGGGACCCCUUCCUUUUGUGCUUGAAACUGGGUACAUAGGAGUAGGGGAAAAUGAUGAUGUACAGAGUUUCUACUAUUUCAUUGAGUCAGAGAACAAUCCAAGAGAGGAUCCUCUCAUGCUAUGGCUCACUGGUGGUCCUGGCUGCUCUGCUUUCUCUGGCCUUGUCUUUGAAAUAGGACCACUUGCAUUUCAAGUUGAUGAAUAUGAUGGGGGCCUCCCUAAGUUGGUGUAUAGGCCAUACUCAUGGACUAAGGCAAGUAGCAUUGUAUUUGUAGAUUUGCCUGUUAAUACUGGCUUUUCAUAUGCUAGAACAGAAUAUGCUUCACAACGGAGCGAUUCCUUGUCAGUCAAUCAAGCCUAUGAAUUUUUUAGGAAGUGGUUAAUGGAUCAUCCAGCAUUUCUCAAAAACAAAGUUUACAUUGGUGGUGAUUCAUACUCUGGCAUUCUUAUUCCUGUAAUUGCUCAUGAAAUUUUAAAAGGAAAUGAACAAGGCCUCCAACCAUGGAUAAAUCUCCAGGGAUACCUGAUGGGGAAUCCUAAAAUAGAUGAAAAAGAAAAAAACUAUCGAAUCCCAUUUGCUCAUGGGAUGGGACUCAUUUCUGAUGAACUACACCAGUCACUGCAGAAACAUUGUAACGGAGAAUAUGUAAAUGUAGACAUCAGAAAUAUUUUGUGUUCAAGAUAUCUCGAGUCCUAUUUAGAGAUCACAUCAGAUAUUAAUAUGGCCCACAUUUUGGAGCCAUUGUGUGAGUUGGACUCACAGAACCCAUUGAAAUCUUCUUGGAGGAGAUCACUAACAGAGAACUAUCCUUGGAAGUUAAAUGAUAUUCAUCUCAGAUUACUAUCCCGGAAUUGUCGGGAUUAUGGAUAUCUCCUUAGUGGCUAUUGGGCCAACAAUGACAAAGUGCGCAAUGCGCUUAAAGUGAGGAAGGGAACUAAAAAGAAAUGGCAACGAUGCACCUCCCGUAAUAUGCCUUACAAGUUUGAUAUUUCUAGCAGCUUUCCAUAUCAAGUAAAUCUCAGCAAAGAAGGCUAUCGUUCACUGAUUUACAGUGGGGAUCAUGACAUGGUUGUUCCUUUCUUGGCAACUCAAGCAUGGAUAAGAUCUUUAAACUACUCCAUUGUCGACGAUUGGAGGCCAUGGUAUACUAAUGGACAAGUUGCAGGAUACACAAGGACUUACUCCAAUGCAAUGACAUUUGCAACUGUCAAGGGUGGAGGACACACAGCACCAGAAUACAAGCCUCAAGAAUGCCUUCACAUGUAUAGUAGGUGGAUCUCUGAGAGACCCUUUCAAAUGCUAGCAGAGAAAGUAAUGAAGCCUUUGAAAAUGGCAAGUUUAUCUAAUUUCAUUUGCCAUGGAUUGUUACUUCCCAUUCUUUUACUAUUACUAAAGUUUUCAGCUCAACAUGCCAAGUGUGGCAACAUAGUGAAGUACCUCCCUGGGUUUGAGGGACCCCUUCCUUUUGUGCUUGAAACUGGAUACAUAGGUGUGGGUGAAAAUGAAGAUGUGCAGGCUUUCUACUAUUUCAUUGAGUCAGAGAACAAUCCUAAGGUGGAUCCUCUCAUGCUGUGGCUCACCGGUGGUCCUGGCUGCUCUGCUUUCUCUGGCCUUGUCUUUGAAAUUGGUCCAAUUACAUUUAAAAUUGAGGAAUACAAUGGAAGCCUGCCUAACUUGGUCUUGAGGCCACACUCAUGGACAAAAGUAAGUAGCAUUAUAUUUGUAGACUUGCCUGUAAAUACAGGCUUCUCAUAUGCCACAACAGAAUCUGCUUCUCACCGGACAGAUUGGUCAUUAGUUCACCAAACCCAUCAAUUUCUUAGAAAGUGGCUGAUUGGGAUAACAUUUGCUAUUCCUGUAAUUACUCAUGAAAUUUCUCAAGCAAAUGAAGAAGGACUACAACCAUGGAUUAAUCUUCAGGGAUACCUGCUGGGGAAUGCUGCAACAACCCGAACUGAGAAAAACCAGGAAAUCCCAUUUGCUCAUGGAAUGGGACUUAUUUCUGAUGAACUCUACCAGUCAUUGCAAAAAAACUGCAGAGGAGAAUAUGCAAACAUAGACAUUGCAAAUGUGUUAUGUGCACAAGAUCUGAAGUCCUAUGAGGAUACCAUAUCAGGACUUUCUAAAGCCCAUAUUUUGGAGCCAAAAUGUGAGUUAGGUUCACCAAAGCCAGUGGAUGUUCCUUGGAAGAGAUCUCUGAUUGAUAACUAUUAUUCAUGGUCUAACAAUAAUCGACUCGCAUUGCCACCUUUAACUUGUCGGAGUUAUGGGUACUUCCUCAGUAGUUAUUGGGCUAAUGAUGGCGAAGUUCGCAGUGCCUUGAACAUACAUAAGGGAACGAAAGCGAAAUGGCAACGAUGUACCUUUGAUAUACCUCACAAGGAGGAUAUCCCUAGCAGCUUUCCAUAUCAUGUGAAGCUCAGUAAAAAAGGUUACCGUUCACUGAUAUACAGUGGCGAUCAUGACAUGUUGAUUCCUUUCUUGGCAACUGAAGCAUGGAUAAGAUCUUUAAACUACUCCAUCAUAGAUGAUUGGAGGCCAUGGCACACAAAUGGCCAAGUUGCAGGAUAUACAAGGACUUACUCCAAUGCAAUGACCUUUGCAACUGUCAAGGGUGGUGGCCACACAGCUCCAGAGUAUAAGCCUGAAGAAUGCUUGAACAUGUACAGUAGAUGGAUGUCUAGGAUGGCUUUGUAGUAAUUAACCAAAUAAGACCAAGACAUAAUAGUAUAAUACUCAAUUUGGUCCUUGAAUUCGCAUGAAAACUUCAAUUUAGUCCCUAAAGUUUCAAUUGCCUUUAUUUAGUCCCCAAACUUUAUGAACAUAACUCAUAUUAGUCCUUGAAACAAUUUUUAACAUAUAAAUAUUAACGGAACACUAUCGUGAACAGCCGGAUGUCACACUAAACUUUGUAAAAUGAUGUCGUUUUAGUUUUGGCACUCAAAUAACCCAAACACAACAUCGUAAAUGGUGUUUAUUAAAAUUUUACCUAACAAAAUAAGUGAUACAAUGCCGUUUUUGAACUAUUUAAAUGCCAAAAUCAAAACUGCAUCAUUUUACAAGUUUUAACGUGACAUCUAAUAGUCUAUAAUAACGCUUCAUUAACGAUUUUAUACUAAAAAUCGUCUUAGGGACUAAUAUGAGGCACGUUUAUAAACUUUGGGACUAAAUAGAGGCAAUUGAAAUCUCAGAGACUAAAUUGAGACUCGCGUGUAAAUUCAGGGAGCAAAUUGAGUAUUAUCUCUAAAACCAAUUACAAAGGUGGUUACUGGGUAGGAUAAAAUGGUGUCCAUUUUGUAUCACAGUUAUAAUGAACCAUUUGUGUACCUUUCUCAAGCUUGCAAAUGGUAGUGCACAUUGUCUAUUCCUCAUUCAA